CAGAGUUCUCGCCGUCAUCAUUGUCGUUGUGAACACAAAACUCUCGGUGCGCCUGCAAUCGGGCAACAGUUAAAGCAUAUGGGCAUACAUACUUACGCAAAUCGUCGUGAAUGCGAAAUAAUCGAAUGCCUGAAAUAGACACACUUUAAAUUUACAAAAAUAAAAACUAAUUUCUAAAAUAAAAAUUAAAAAAAGUAAAAACAAAAAUGCCCCAACGCUCGCCCUUCGCCAUUCAAGAGCUGCUUGGUUUAAGUAAUUCCGCCGCUGCAGCAGCCGCAGCCGCCGUUGCUGUCGUUGCCGUCGCCAAAACUCAAGACGACAACCCAAGCGGUGACUUAAACGAAUGCAGUGGCGACUGCGAUACAACAACUACAAAACCAAAAAUGUAUUCGCCCACAGCAGCGGCAGCAGCAGCAAGUCGAGCAACACCACCAUCGCCGCCAACUCAGGCCUCCACAACAACAACAACAACUACGACGCGCACGCCGCCGCCCACCCAUCAAAAGUGCGCUGCUGCCGGCACACCAAGUAGCAGCAGUUUAGCCACUUCAUUGAGUUCGUCGAUAACUCCAGGCACAAGUGCAUCCACCACCGCGGCUGUGUCAGCAUCAGUGGUCACUUCGGUUAGCGCCAGCGGCAGUGGUGUUUCAUCGCCUUUUAAUGUCGCUACAGCUGCCGCUGGCGAUCAGCAACAGCUUGCUGCACAUCAGCAGCAGCAGCAGCAGCAGCAGNUAGCCACUUCAUUGAGUUCGUCGAUAACUCCAGGCACAAGUGCAUCCACCACCGCGGCUGUGUCAGCAUCAGUGGUCACUUCGGUUAGCGCCAGCGGCAGUGGUGUUUCAUCGCCUUUUAAUGUCGCUACAGCUGCCGCUGGCGAUCAGCAACAGCUUGCUGCACAUCAGCAGCAGCAGCAGCAGCAGCAGCAACAACAACACCACCACCAGAUGACUAUGGCCGCUGCUGCCGCCUCCCGCAUGGCUUACUUCAAUGCGCAUGCUGCUGUCGCUGCGGCUUUCUUGCCUCAUAAUUUGGGAGGUGGCAGCGCUGCUGCUGCUGCUGCUGCGGUGCAACAUCAAAAUAGCCUGCAUGCAUUACAACAACAACAACAACAUCAGCAUCAUCAUCCCCAUCAUCAUUUGACGCUGCAGCAUCAUACGCACGGGCAUCCGCAUCAUUUGUUGCAUGCGCAAGGUUUUUCGCAAAUAAAGAACUUUGGCAUACCAGGUGGCUGUCUGACAGGCCCACUAUCGAGUAAAGAUUUCAACAUCGAUGGCCUAAAUGGUUUUGGUGGUAAGAAAAAGAAGAAGAAACGUCGUCAUAGUCGCACAAUUUUCACAUCAUAUCAAUUGGAAAAACUCGAAGAGGCCUUCAAAGAAGCACACUAUCCAGAUGUGUAUGCACGCGAAAUGCUCUCGCUAAAAACCGAGUUACCUGAGGAUCGGAUACAGGUUUGGUUUCAAAACCGUCGUGCCAAAUGGCGUAAAACGGAGAAAUGUUGGGGACGCAGCACCAUAAUGGCCGAGUAUGGACUCUAUGGAGCGAUGGUGCGCCAUUCGUUGCCACUGCCAGAAACAAUUAUAAAAUCGGCAAAAGAAAACGACUCAGUGGCACCAUGGCUACUAGGUAUGGAGACGGAAAGCAUGCACCGCAAAUCGAUAGAAGCUCAACAAACAUUGAGGGAUGAUUCCGGCGUUAGCGAUCACGAAGACUCCGCCGGUUCGAAAUCCAACGAUGAAUCACGUCGCCUCACCUCUUCCACCGAAUCGUUGAAUGUCGUCUCACCUGCACCGACGCGCGAACGCCAACAAACCUCCUCCAGCGCGACCACACCCACAGCAACUACCGCUUCAUCAUCGUCGCCGCACAUUGACCUGAGCAGCCCCUCGCCGCCGACAACGCAUGCCCGGCAAUUGUCACCUUUGCAACAACAUCAGCGUAGUUUUUAUCAACAGCAAGCAGCGGCAUUACCACCGCCAACCGCUCAACCCUGCUAUCAUCCCCUCUUGGAUGCCGCCAAUGCCAGCGCUGGUGCGGCCACCAGCAAAGAUUUCCACAUGAUUAUGAAUACGGCCGUAGCAGCUGCAGCGGCGGCAGCUGCGGCUAGUGGUGCUGGAGGCAGUGGUGGUAGUGGUGGUGGUGGUGGUGGUGUUGGCGCAGCAGCAGCUGGGUCCGCUAUGGGUGCUGCAAGUGGACUGCAUCAUCAUGCGCAUGCGGCGGGUGCUGUGGGACCGUAUGCGACGCUUGAACAUGAUCCGGAUACUUUUAGAAACAACUCCAUCGCCUGUCUGCGCGCCAAAGCUCAGGAGCAUCAGGCUCGUCUUCUCAACAGCGGUCUCUUUCUGCAAGUGCGUUCUUUUGCUGGUUUUCAAGCCAGCAAUAAUGUUGCGGCGGCGGCUGCCAGUGUCUCCGCUUCGAAUCGGUCCAAUAAUAUGCUAACCAACAGCAACAACAACCGCAACAGCAAUGAAACCAUAAAAAUUGUUGACGAUUCGGACGGGCAAUGCUCACCCAUUGAUUUUGCCAGCAUUUGCAAUGCGAAUAAUAGCAACAAUAGUGGCAAUAACAACAACAACAGCAAUAUGGAUUUUUGUUUGCCCACUAUGCACCAACAACAACAACACCAGCUGAAGUUGGAGCGCAUGUCCUGUGAUUUGUAGCAGUGAAUUGCAACCCUGCAGUCUAAGCAAUAAUAUGUCCAACUUUCGACGAAGCUUGCAUAUGCAGGGCAGUUUUUACAUAAAAAAACGAAUUUAUUUAUUCGAAAAUUUUUUAAGCAUAUUUUAGCUUAAUUAUGAAAAAUUAGUUUUUAAAAAAUACACAUAAAAUGAUAUAAUCAUAGUUUUAAGAGCUAAAGCGAAAAUGUGGAAAAAGAAUGUAUAAAGGUUUGUAAAAAUUAAAUUUUAAAAUCUAGCGGUAAAUUCUUAAGGCACAAAAAUUUAAAAAUCAAAUUUCUACAUAUGUAUGUAUGUAUGUUUGUACAUAUGCAUUUGUAUAAUCACUAUUCCAGAUUUUUUAUUGUCGGCACAGUUUACUUUUAAAAUAUCUUAGAAAGCUGAGAAAGAAAUAUAUUUCAUUAAAAGCUCAAAAAAUGUUUUUAACCUAAAAUAAGUUAUUUUAGAUGGGGCAAAAUUGAAUAUGAAGCUCCUUUCUAAUACACAUAUAUACAUAAAUAUUUUAACUACAUU